UCGCUUGUCUACAAACUCUUAACUAGUUCCCGCGCCUCUACGCCGCCCGAAUUCUCCACUCUCUGCAUCCAGGGGUCCCUCCACCAGCGUCUCCCACCGCCCUCGGGGGACCUAUCUGAGCCAAGGGGCACCGGAUCCCACGGGUGGAGCCGCCAGGUGAGCCCUGAAAGGUGGGGCGGGGCGGGGGCGCUCCAGGCCCCACCCCAGGAUCCGGUGACGCCAGGGCUGGAAUUUGACACCGGACGGUGGCGGGCAGGAGGCUGCUGAGGGAUGGAGUUGGGCCCGGCCCCCAGACACGGCCCACGGGCUCCGCCAGCAACAGGUCCCUCGGGCCCCAGCCCUCGCUGCGACCUGAACCGGAGCCCCACACCCGAGGUAAACUAGCCCGCCUGCCCAUCCUUGGUCUCAGCCCUGGAUGGACGCUCCUGGGGCUAGAGGGAGCGGGCAGGACCACCGUCCCCAUUCCUUUCUCGCAUCCUCCCUUUCUGGGCCUGCAGUGCAGCUCGCCGCCCCUCCCAGCCCCUCCAGUCCCUCUUGUCGCUGUAGGACUGUGCUGGCCCUGCCCUCUUGCUGUAAUAUGAGGCUCCCGCUGCCACUACAAGGCGCAGACUGGCUGCCAAGGCCACACUUUUGGCUAAAAGAGGUGCUGCUAGGUGCACAGCCCUGGGCAUGAGCCAUUUGAGCUGCAGGGAAAAGCCCAGCACUGGUCCCAGGAAAGGUGCCUAGAAGAAUAUGGUGCAGGACCCCUGUGAGAGAGUAGCCACUGAUUGGUCUGGCCCAGUGGACCCUGAAUCCACACAGCCGACAGAGCAUGCUUGGCCUUACGGACCAUCCCAGGAAGGUCUGGGGAGGUCUGUCCUACAGGCCUCAGCUUCCUCCCCUGCAGCAUGGGGUGAAGGCUCUCUGUAGGAUGGAGUGUAUCCAGCCCUACAGCAAAGAACAAGAAAGCUCUGGGAAAAGAGGACCUUCCCUCCCCCCUGGCUGAGUGGGCCACAGGGUGUCCAACCUGCAGCCUCUGGACUGCAUGCAGAUUACAGAAGCUAAAAGAUUGGACACCCCUGCCCCCUUAUGACCUUGGACAAUCUCUGAGCUUCUCUGAGUUUGUUCAUCUGGAAAAGGGAGAUUAAAACAUUUACCUCCUGAAGUUGUGAAAGAAUAGCGGCAAAGCACCUAACACAUAGUGCCUCAAGAGGAGGGUGGGGGAACAAGUCAACAAAAGCUGAUGGGAGCUCCUGGUGUUGGUAGAGAUGGAACUUGGAUUUGAAGGCCUUUCGGUAUUGUCCCGCUCCCCCUGGCCUAGGCGGCAGCCUGCCCUGUGGCCUACCCUGGCUGCUUUGGCUCUGCUGAGCAGCGUCGCAGAAGCCUCCCUGGGCCCUGCACCCCGCAGCCCCGCCACCCGCGAAGGCCCCGCUCCAGUCCUGGCGCCUCCCACCGGCCAGCCGCCGGGGGGACGUACGGCCCGUUUGUGCGGUGGAAGAACCCGGCGACCACCGCCACAGCCUCCCCGGCCAGCGCCAGCGCCGCCAGUGCCCCCGUCUGCUUCUCCCCGCGGGGGCCGCGCGGCGCGUUCCGGGGGCCGGGGCAGCCGCGCACGGACGGCGGGGGCGCGGGGCUGCCGCUUGCGCUCGCAGCUAGUGCCGGUGCGCGCGCUCGGCCUGGGCCACAGCUCUGAUGAGCUGGUGCGUUUCCGCUUCUGUAGCGGCUCCUGCCGCCGCGCACGCACCCCGCACGACCUCAGCCUGGCCAGCCUGCUGGUUGCUGGGGCCCUGCGGCCACCCCAAGGCUCACGGCCCGUCAGCCAGCCCUGCUGCCGACCCACGCGCUAUGAGGCAGUCUCCUUCAUGGACGUCAACAGCACCUGGAGGACCGUGGACCGUCUGUCAGCCACGGCGUGCGGCUGCCUGGGUUGAGGGCUCUCUCCAGGGGUGUUUGUUUUGGACCCUUACCCGUGGAUCUUCCUGCCUGGGACCCUCCCGCAGCGCCACAGG